GUUUAGGACAACUAGUAGUGUUGGUGAGCCACUAGAGAGCUAAUCAUCAUUGAGAGCAUAAUUAGUUUAUUUUGUGGUGUUCUAUUCGAUCGUUACCAGCAAGCUUGAGACUGCUGUGAAUAAUGGGAAGGCAACCUUGCUGCGACAAACUUGGGGUUAAGAAAGGGCCAUGGACAGCCGAGGAGGAUAAGAAGCUCAUCAACUUCAUCCUCACAAAUGGCCAGUGUUGCUGGAGAGCUGUCCCGAAGCUGGCCGGCCUUCGCCGCUGUGGCAAGAGUUGCAGGCUCCGUUGGACCAACUAUCUCCGUCCCGACUUGAAGAGAGGCCUCCUUACAGAAUCUGAAGAACAGUUGGUCAUUGAUCUCCAUGCUCGUCUUGGAAAUAGGUGGUCCAAGAUUGCAGCCAGAUUGCCAGGGAGGACUGAUAAUGAAAUCAAGAAUCACUGGAACACCCACAUCAAGAAAAAGUUGCUUAGGAUGGGAAUCGAUCCUGUAACUCAUGAACUCCUGCAUAAAGAUCAAGAUGACUUGGCUAACAAGGAAACUACUAUUUCAUCCCAUACUGAUCCAGCUAACAGCAACUUGCCACAAUCAACAGCCGAAAAUUCUUCUUCAAACUCAUCACCAGCUGAGAAUUCAUCUUCAAUCUCAUCCCCGAAUGAAAAUCCUAGCACUGGAGAUGACCAAUCAACUUUAAUUGAUAGCAUUUGCAACAUUGACGAGUCGUUGAUGAACAGUCUUUGGGUGGAUGAAACUCCGCUAAUCGAUGCGUUGUGGAACAAUGAUCAAGUAGCAGAUGGAGGAAAUUACAUCGAGAAUGGCAUGGGAAUGGUAUCUAAUUGGGAGGAGAAUUGCUCAUGGCUUUUGGACUGUCAAGACUUUGGCGUUCAUGAUUUUGGUAUGGAUUGUUUCAUCGAUACCGAACUAAAUGCUCUCGACACAUUAGGGAUUGAGAAAAUUUAAGGCUGCUGGUAUUUGCACUCCCAGUUUACACUAUGCAAUUUUUAAGCACUCAUCAUUAGGGAGUGCAGAUCCAAGCCAACAGGAGUACUGCUACAUAUAGUGAAGAAAGAUUAGUAGCGAGUAGUGACCCAGAAAAGAAGAAACUGAGGAAGCGUCAAAGCUUCAAAUGUGUACAUGAUACAAAAGUACCAUGUCUGCUGCCUCACUUUUAUUAAGUUCAUUUCAUGGUGUUGAACUUUAAUUUAUGUAAAUUACUUUGUACGUAGAAUAGACUUGGAAUGUUGUGGUUUCUGAUCACCAACCAAAGAAACAGCAAGUAAUACCAAACUGCUAAGAAAAGAGAAAUAAACUGUAAAGUAUAUUUCGUUCUCCAUAAUUAAAGACCGACGAUGUUAUUAUCGAUCUGAUCGAUCAUGCAUACUUAAACGUUAGGACAGAGAUCGAGCAUGUACUGCUGCUGGGUUUUUGUUCAUACGUAAGAUAUAUAAGUUAACAUUAACUGUAAUUUGCUG